CAGAUAGCUCAACAAACCCUCACACUUCACAAAAAAAAAAAAAAAAAAAAAAUCUUCUUUCCCUUUCUUGUUCUUGUUCUCAAUACUCCAAUGGGUUUCGGUAGAUCUUCUUCUUCUUCCUCUGCUCUGAAAUGGCUUGGCUUCGUCACGGCUGUUUGGGUCCAAGCCAUCUCCGGCAACAACUACACCUUCUCCAACUACUCAGACGCUCUCAAGUCCCUAAUGAACCUCACUCAGCUCGAGCUCAACAGCCUCUCCGUCGCCAAAGACGUCGGAAAAGCUUUCGGAAUCCUCGCCGGACUCGCUUCCGAUCGUCUCGCCACUCCCGUCAUCCUCCUCAUCGGAUGCUUCGAAGGUCUUAUCGGCUACGGCGUGCAAUGGCUCGUCGUGAGCCGCACGAUCCAGCCUCUCCCUUAUUGGCAGAUGUGUAUCUUUCUAUGUUUGGGAGGAAACAGCACGACGUGGAUGAACACGGCGGUUCUCGUUACUUGCAUUAGAAACUUCCGGCGUAACCGUGGUCCUGUCUCCGGGAUCCUCAAGGGUUACGUCGGCUUGAGCACUGCGAUCUUCACUGACGUGUGCACUGCUCUGUUCUCCGCCGACCCCGCUUCGUUUCUCGUCCUCCUCUCCGUCGUGCCUUUCGCCGUGUGUCUCACGGCGGUUUUAUUCCUCCGUGAGAUCCCUCCGGCGGCUUCGGCCGCGGAGGAAAACGAGGAGUCGAGGUACUUCGCCGUGUUCAACAUCGUCGCCGUCGUGGUCGCCGUGUACCUUCAGUCGUACGACAUCAUCGGAGUCAAGACCGGAGCCAUCUCCAUCGCGUUCGCCUCCGUGCUUCUCGUCCUGUUGGCUUCUCCCAUCGCCAUCCCUUUCCACGCCUACGUUCGGAGUUUAAAUCACGAAGAAGACGCGGAGGAACCGUUGCUGAGAUCGGAGAUCGCGGAGGAGACGGUGGUUGUCGGUGCCGCAGCUGCGGCGGAUAACGAGUUGCCACCGUCUCCUAAGCUUCUCAAGGAGGAGGAGGAGAAGAAGAGGCCGGUUCUUGGAGAUGAACACACUAUAGUAGAAGCGAUGUUGACCGUUGACUUUUGGGUGUUGUUUGUGUCGUUCCUGUGUGGAGUAGGCACUGGUCUUGCGGUGAUGAACAACAUGGGUCAGAUCGGGCUUGCGCUUGGUUACACAGACGUGUCUAUCUUUGUCUCUAUGACGAGCAUUUGGGGGUUCUUUGGUCGGAUUCUCUCCGGUACUAUCUCCGAGCACUUUAUCAAAAAAUAUGGAACUCCAAGACCAUUAUGGAAUGCGGCAUCACAAAUCAUCAUGGCCGUGGGAUAUCUAGUGAUGGCUUUAGCCAUGCCCGGUUCACUAUACAUCGGUUCAAUGGUGGUUGGAGUUUGCUACGGAGUCCGGUUAGCUAUAACCGUACCAACAGCUUCUGAGCUAUUCGGUCUCAAAUACUACGGACUCAUCUACAACAUACUCGUACUGAACUUACCACUUGGCUCGUUCCUCUUCUCGGGUCUUCUCGCCGGUUUACUAUACGAUGCCCAAGCUACACCAACUCCUGGUGGAGGCAAUACGUGCGUAGGAGCCCAUUGUUUCCGUCUCAUCUUCAUUGUAAUGGCGAUUACUUCCAUUGUUGGGGUUGCUCUUGACAUCUUGCUUGCGUUUAGAACGAAGGAUAUAUAUGCGAAGAUUCAUGGGAGCAAGAAUGCUAAGAAACCUAGUGGUAAUCAUCGAUGAGUUGAUUACUGGAUUUGCUUUUCGUUAAAACAUUUUUGGUAUGUUACUGAUACUUCUAUAGUAUUUUUGAAUGUUUUAUGUUCAUUGUUUACUAGAAGGGAUGGAUGGAUUGUACACUUUGUACAUUCAUGAUUACUGUUGUUAAAUCCGGUUCAAAUGUUUUUAAACCAGCUGUAUGGUGUACGUUUAUAUAAUGGGGAAUCGAUAAAUUACACUUUCACUCUA